GUUUGUCAAAAUGGCGACUUGAGAAUUCAUAGCGUGACAAAAACAAAGCGCAUUUCACAAUAUUUUUGGUGUUUUUGUGCAAUAUUUAAUCGUUUUAUCGUACAAAACCAUCCGAAAUGUGCAAAUUAAUAGUGCUGUGACUGCAAACAAUAAACCAGUGUAUGAAAUUGACCGACGUCAGCGCUAGAAAUUAAGAAACGCCGACCGCAUAACCUUUACGUGUCGCAGUUGCGAAUGGAGUGUAAAGGAAAAGCAAAGAGAAUGAAAGAAGAGGCGCCAAGCAAAAAAUUGCCGCCUAAAUUAUAUGGCGGCGACUAUGCGGCUAAUGCAAGCACACCCACCAAAGCAGCCCACGAUGAGAUACUCAGCUCCCUGCUGCGCAUUAAUAAUUUUGACUCCAUAUCGAGCAUUAAGGACGAAUCACUGGACAUUGAUCUGUCCGCUUGCGUGACAAUCAGCUCCGCGAGCUUCAUCAACGGCAACAGCCUCUCCUCAACGGACUUUUGGCGUGUGCUAGACGAGAGCGCCCAAAAUAACACCGAGCUCAAUUUAUCUGCCGACGUUGGUCGCGAUGAGCUGACCGCCGCCAGUCCCAGUGCAAGUUCCAGUGUAGCCAACGUGGCGAACCUAUCAAAUGGCAGCGCCAAUGACAAUACCAAUUCGGAGUUUAAUGUUACGUUUUUGCGGCCGGAGCCGCCAAAUGCGUUUACCAAUUCACCCUUUAAAAAGAUAACAACGACGCCAGUGAAGGUACCCUCACCUGACCAAAUGCAGGUGCAGCCGGGUCAGCCACAGCAGCCGCAGCGGAAGACCCGGCUGCCAGCAGCCACAGCGCUGCGCUUGCAGGUAUUCAAGGAAGAGCCGGCCGUGGAGAAAACCGCACCAAUGCAGGCCACAAAAGCACAGGUGUUGACCAAAGUGGAGCUUUGCGAGACGGAACACAUGCCCCAUGCAUUUACCAUAUUCCAACAACAGCAGCCGAAUGAAAUGCCGCCACCAGCAACGCCUUUGGAGCAGAGUCCGAAAUUGGAGGUGGAAGCGCCUCCGCCGCCACUCUACAAGUGCCUAGACUGCAAUGGCUUGGUGCUGGAUAAUCAACAGCUGGUGAGCACACACAAGGCAGCCGCGCACCGUUUGCGUAUUACCUACAAUUGCACCGAAUGUCAGCGUGAGUUCGAGCUGCUGGCGGGCCUGAAGAAGCACCUGAAGACGCAUCGCAGUGAGGGUCGUAAGGAUACCUGGAAAAAAUGCCCCGACUGCGGCAAAUGCUUAAAACUGGGCAGCAUGUGGAUGCAUCGCAAGAUACACAGCGACAACAAGAAGUACCAGUGCGAUAUCUGUGGCCAGAAGUUUGUGCAAAAGAUCAAUCUGACGCAUCAUGCGCGCAUUCAUUCCUCGGAGAAGCCGUACGAAUGCCCCGAAUGUCAGAAACGAUUUCAGGAGCGCUCACAUCUGCAGCGCCAUCAGAAAUAUCAUGCCCAGACGCGCUCCUAUCGCUGCGAGAAAUGCGGCAAAAUGUACAAAACCGAACGCUGCCUAAAGGUGCAUAACUUGGUGCAUCUGGAGCAGCGUCCAUUUGCCUGCACCGUGUGCGACAAGAGCUUCAUUAGCAACUCGAAGCUGAAACAGCACUCGAACAUUCAUACAGGCAUGCGGCCCUUUAAGUGCAACUAUUGUCCACGUGACUUUACAAAUUUUCCCAACUGGCUGAAGCAUACGCGACGUCGCCAUAAAGUGGAUCACAAGACUGGUGAGCAUCUCGAGAACAUUCCCUCCUACUGCUCCAAGAAAUCAACGACAACGAAGGCGCAGAAAGCAGCCGCCGCCGCCGCUGCCGCAGCAGCAGCAGCUGCAUCAACGUCUGCAGAGGAUCCACUGGGAAAAGCUGAUGCAGAAGCUCAGCCCAGCAGUGAAACAGCCAAGGCGCCAGUUAGCAACGCGUCCGCAACAGGAGUUAAGCAGACACGCAAAAAGAAGCAACCGCAACAAGCUACACUGGCCGCUUUGGGCAUCACAUUGCCAGCGGGCACAGCACUGCAGCAGGUGCAUCCGCCGCCGGACCGAAAGUUGUCAACUGCUGCGAUGGCACAGCUGCCGCCACCGUCGCCAUCAGUUUCGUCCGCACCUCCCAAGCAAUUGAAGGCCAAGCGCGAACGCAAACAGCUGGCGCCCAAGCAGUUGCAACAAAAGCCACCGCCAGGCACUGGCGCGACCGUAGCAGUGCCGCAGAUUAAGAAGGAGCCGUUGCAGACACAGGGGCCGUUUCUGGAUUUGCACGGCCUCAGCUUGACGUCAGCUGAAGAGCUAAUUAUGGAGCAGGCGCUGGAGAUGGAAGAGUGUGGUCUAUAUGAUGCGCCCGUUGUCAGCACAGACAUGGGUACCUCUGACAAUGCCAUCUCCUCUGAGGCAGCCGCCGCCCUGCACUUUCAAAUAAAAAACGAAUUACCCGAUGAACUGCUACCUGACGACGAUUUCUUGCCUCAUAAGCCGACCAAUGGCAAUCGUUUAGCUUGUCCCUCGCUCGAAUCAUCACCGUUCUCUUCGCCCGCAUCCAUGGAAUUGGCAGCGGUCUCCACCAGCAGCACAACCUGCUCGACAUCAACGCAUGUGAGCACUGGUCGCACCACCAACUACUAUCUGCCUGCCUUUACACUAAAUGCGCAAGGCAAAUUGGCCAGUUGCACGAGCACUGGAGCUGCCAUCAACAGUUCAGGGCCCACCACGGUUUCGGUGGUAAAUAUGCCCCUAUUGGUGCAUUCGAAUCAAAUGUUACCCUCGGUGGAUACACUGCUGUUUACUUCGCAGCCAGGCAAUCGAUUCUUCUCCGGCAAGCCAACCGCUGGCUCACAAGCUACGGCGGCCGCGCCACAUAUGACAUGAUCGCACGACGGCUGUUAGGCCGUCGUCAACGUUUCAACGAUCUCCUGUGUCUUAAUUAAGCUAGGGUUUGCGACCACAUCCGCUUUGCCAGAGUAAAAGGCAAUGAUUCGGAUUAUCUUGAGUAUAGUCCUUAAAUAUUUAAGAUAGAUACGACGCUAUGUUUAUUUUAGUAAUAGACCGUAAGCAA